UGUUUUCUGACUGUGGGGGUCAUAGCCUUUCUUUAUCUUUUCAAGUCAAUUCCAUGGAGAUCUGGGAUUCCAUUCUUUGUGUGUGGUGCAUGCUGGUUCUUAUCAGUAUCUGACAUUUGAUGCCAGCGGAAAUUCUGGAUAAUAAUAAUCUAGUAAUUUGGAGUGGGGUUAUGAUUAUUUUGAUUGGAGCAGCUGGGAGGUUUCUAGAUCAGCAUACUGAAGGAAACAAGUUUUGGCUCACUAUCUGUAAUAGUAAUGCAAAGAAAUCCAAGUUCCCCAUGCUCUUUCAAUUACAGGUGCUUCACUUGUCUCAGCCCUCUGUUGGUCCCUCGAUGGUACUUCCAUUAUUUUCAGCAAAUGGUCUCUUGUCCCGGCUUACGUCCAUAUUUCUUGGCUUUGCGCCCACAUUUCUUCUAUUAUCUAUCGGAUAUGAAGCUGUCUUCUAUGGUGCUUUUGCUCUUGUACUCAUGGCUUGGAUACUAUUUGAAAACACUCUUAUUUACUCAAGUAAGGUGAAAAGGUUGUCAAGUUCCUUUAACAAUAUGGAGGACGAUGCCAUAGUUGAUGGUCGAUACUUGGAGCUGUCUGACAUCAGAAUUCCUUUAAUAUUUCCUUUUCUUAUGGCAGCGUUACUCAUCUUCAAGCUAUUCAUUCCAUUUCUGCUUGUCAUAUGCGUAUUCAAUGCAAUAACAAAGCUGAACCGACUUCUACGAUUGGGAUGCUAUUUUCUCGUUCUAUUUUUUUCAGACGUUAUGACUAUGCAUUUCUUCUUCCUGGUCCAGAAUACAGGAAGUUGGAUGGAAAUUGGUAACAGCAUCAGCCAUUUUGGAAUCAUGAGUGCUCAAGUUGUCUUUGUUCUGUUGCUUUUUGCACUCACAAACGUAUACACGAAGGAUAUCUUCUCGGAAAGCAAUUUAAAGCUGAGCUUUAUGUUUGAAGGCCACCUGUUACAGCUCCAACAGCAGCUUCUCAUUUUUUCUGAUAAUUGGUCUUGCUUUGCUAUCUGCGAUAUUCAGAGCAAGGGGAUUUUCCAAGUGUUCCCCAAAGGUUGUACAAAUUCGAUGGAAAUUUUGGCACACCCUUAAAUACGAGUUGAUUAAUUAGUUUAACCAGUUAUA